AUGUCGCGAUACCCUACUUGUGGUAACGCUACUAAACAAUCUAUUAUUACUGCUUCUCCUGAAAUGGCUACGCUCCCAACUUUGCCUCCCAUCAGGACACUCUCUUGCGAAAACUUAUUACCCCCAAUCUUAUCUUUAAGUCAACAACCACCAGGAGGUAGUUCUUAUCUUAAUAGAAGUUUAUCAAAUUCUGAACAACAUUCACGUUAUUCUAAUAGUAAUAGUAGUGGGGGUAGUUUACCUUCCUUGAAUACACAAAGUCAUAGUGCACAAACGGUUAUAUCAGAACCAUUUGUUACGGUAUCUCCAGAAUUAAAUAAUCGACCACCUAGAAGACGUAGAAGACCACCAUUUUCUUAUUCAUCGUUAAUAGCUCAAGCUAUCUUAGAUUCACAAGAUCGAAGAUUAACAUUACGAGAAGUUUAUCAAUGGAUAAUGGAACGUUAUCCACAAUUAUAUAAAGCUGAUGAUACUGGUUGGCAGAAUACUAUUCGACAUAAUCUUUCAUUAAAUAAAUGUUUCAAGAAAGUUCCAAGAUCUGAUACGGAAUUAGGACAUUCCACAUCAUCCUCAACAGCUAGUAAAGGUAAAGGUGGAUAUUGGACAAUAGAUCCGGAAUAUAUGUCAGCAUAUCAUGAUGGAGUAUUUGCUCGAGGUGGAGUACAAAAACGAAGACCGGGUGAAGUUGGAUUAGUACAUCCAGGAAUUAAUGGUGAUAUGGAUAUGGAAAUUGAUCAAAGGGAUGAUACAACUAUUACACGUUCAAGUCCCAUUAAUAUACCAUCUUAUUCUUAUUCUUCUAUUUCAUCGGAAAGAAGAAUGUCUUAUGAGGCUGAUCCAUCUUCUUUAAGUUUUUCAUCAAUGAAAAUUCGUGAUUUGUUAAAUUAA